CCCCUCCUCCCUCAUAAAGACCCCCUCUCCUCAUCUUCCAUCUCUCUCCUCCCCCUCCCCCGCGCAGACCUCCACCCUCUUCAUUCUUCAUUUGCUUCACUCUGAUCAUCUGAAUAAUCAAUGGCCGACUCAUCCUCUCACCGUCUCGACCUCCGUGUCGGCGGCAAGUACAGGCUGGGCAAGAAGAUUGGUUCGGGUUCCUUCGGUGACAUCUACCUUGGAAUCAACAUCAUCUCUGGCGAGGAAGUCGCCAUCAAACUCGAGUCCGUCAAGGCUAAGCACCCUCAGCUCGAGUACGAGUCCAAGGUCUACAAGACUCUUGCUGGUGGUGUCGGCGUUCCCUUUGUCCGUUGGUUCGGCACCGAGUGCGACUACAAUGCGAUGGUCAUCGAUCUCCUUGGUCCCUCGCUCGAGGAUCUCUUCAACUUCUGCCACCGCAAGUUUAGUCUGAAGACCGUGCUCCUUCUGGCCGAUCAACUGAUCUCCCGCAUCGAGUACAUCCACUCGCGCAACUUCAUUCACCGCGAUAUCAAGCCCGACAACUUCCUUAUGGGUAUUGGCAAGCGCGGAAACCAGGUCAAUGUCAUCGAUUUUGGCCUUGCGAAGAAGUACCGCGACCCCAAGACCCAUCUCCACAUUCCGUACAGGGAGAACAAGAACUUGACAGGAACCGCCCGUUACACGUCGAUCAACACCCAUCUGGGCGUUGAGCAAGCUCGUCGGGAUGAUCUCGAGUCUCUCGCUUACGUUCUCAUGUACUUCCUCCGUGGCUCGCUCCCGUGGCAGGGACUCAAGGCUGCGACGAAGAAGCAGAAGUACGACCGGAUCAUGGAGAAGAAGAUGACCACGCCCACCGACCUGUUGUGCCGCGGUUUCCCCAACGAGUUCGGUAUCUUCCUGAACUACACCCGGGCGCUCCGUUUCGACGACAAGCCCGACUACUCGUACCUCCGCAAGCUCUUCCGCGACCUGUUCGUCCGCGAGGGUUACCAGUACGACUACGUCUUCGACUGGAGCAUGCAACGCGCCAUGGACGAGGGUGCCAGCUCCAGCAACAAGGCUGCCACUGGCCGCCGCAAGGUCCUCCAGGAAGAAGAGGAGCACCGCGUCAGCGACAGGAUGUGAGUUCCAGGCGCAACUAAGCAGCAGGCCGCCGCGGCCGCAGGGGCUGUCGGCCAGCAACGUCCCAUGCGUCAACGUGACGAGCACUGGUAAACGCCUACCCUUGUCAUGAAAGGGAAGACGUCGUCGUAGCACGUCCGGGUCCGACCGAGCAUGGGGGGUGGAGGGUAGAUGCAGGGUGCGCUCGGUUUUGGUUUGCUGCCAAUCGGUAUGGAUGCCUCGGAUGUCGGAUUGUCUUUUGGUCGGUCGCGUCGCUCGUGUGGGAGCGAGUCGGUGGUUCGCUGGUUGGUGGAGCUCGUCGCGGGAGCAAGACGUGCGGGUGGAUGAUGGACGGUCGCGCGGGCCCUUUUCUGGCCAAUUCGCCAAUCAAUAUGGCGGCCGGCCCUGGCUCGCGCAAGAACGCUACCGGUCCCCCUCCCCUCGUCGACUGGUUCGGUCUCUCGCGAAUACCCUCGAUCCACGAACCGGGUGCCAGCGUCAAGAUCGCGCACCCGACACGCGUCGUCAAACUGCCAGGUUCUCUUUUCUAGUACGGACGCUAUUUCCUUUCACGCCGUCUCGGGCGGCCUGCGCGUGCGCAAAGGUCUCCCGAGGUGGCCGCCUCACUCCUCUCGCCACAUAUCCCGCCCCCUCGCGCCGUACUCCGUGAUGCAACGUCCCCUCAUCUCCUCAUGACUUACACCUCACCAUAUCGCACGCAUCAUCACGUCUUCACCCACGUUCUCCUUGUAAAUAUUUUCUCAUCCCCGUUGCGUCGUUAUUUGUUCAGCACGACUAUGCGCCUUGUGCGCCCAUCCCCUCGUUAAUAUCUCUCCCAUUUUCCAGGUCCCUUCCCAUCAUCAUCACCGUCCUCUCGCGUCUCCAUAUUUGCCUCGUUCUCGUUACGAUUGCUGCAUCUUUUGUUUCCUCUCUCCUCCACCUCUUCGGUGCCCGCUACCAACACGGCCGGGACCCGUCGAGGGCGAGCAGGAAGAGAGAGGGCUUCGCGGUCGGUCGGGGGCUGGCAGGGGGUUGUCCGGGCCCGCUUCGACGGGGUAGCGGGGCUGCGAACGCCGUGCGGGGAUGGCUGCGAGCUGGUGCUUGCGGCUUGGCCCUCGCGGUUGUUCCCCGCUGUGGGUUGGUGGUGGUUGGUAGAAGGCGGAAGGUGCGCGGCGUCAUAGACGGGACCAGCAGCAGUAGUCAGACGCGGUAUCGUCGCGUACGCGUUGUAUCACUAUAUCAAGUCCCCACAUCCCAUCCGUACUCUUGUAGUACUACUUCACAUAUCCCCUCCCAUCGGCGUGUUGCAGAGCUGUUACGUCGGUCGUAGUCGUCAUAUAUUCAGCGAAUAAUACUUGUUAUUCC